CAGCAGCAACAACAACAACAACAGCAGCAUCAGAUGCAGAUGCAGCAGAAGCAACACCAGAUGCAACAACAAAUGCAAAGGCAACAAAUGCAACAGCAACAACAUAUGAUGGGAGACGUGAAACAAGAUUCACUUAUGUCGUGUAACACAAUUUCAAAUUCGGAUCAGAUCCAGGUGUCGUCGAACAUGAGUUUAAAUGGGCAGAUGGGACAGUUUUCUCCUCCUGGUCUGGAUGGGAAGACAAAUCUCAAUAGCAUGAACGCGAAUACUGGAAACAUGAAUGACAUGCGUGUUCAACAGAUGGUUGACCAAAACCAACUUCAACCACAACGUUCUAGGCAGUCGGAUGGAUGGCCUCCAACGGUUGUGAGCGCGACUCAGUCCAGCCCGCUGCUUACGCAGCAGCUGAAUCAGCCACCAACCACAUCGCAGCCUUUCCUUGGAAAUCAAUCUGUGCGCGGUAUGAUGCCUCAAAAUAAUGUUAAUGUGUCAAGUUCUGGUGCAACUGGACUCUCAGGACUCGCCACAAGUAUGCCGAAUGCGCAAGGUCAAUUGCGACCUGGUCCAAUCGGAGGCGGUGGGAAUUCAAAUCAAACAAGAAAGUUUAUUUGGGAUGGUCGGUUGGAAUGGCUGGAGAAGAACAGGAAUCCGAACGAUAAUCGAACUUCUAGAACUCUGCGAUGUCAGGUGUCGUGUGCCCUGAGUGAUCGCUUGGACGUAGCUGAACUGAAUUUCGAUUACGAUCGGGCCAUCGUAUCGUUUUACAGAAAUGCGGAGCAUUGGCCAGAGAAGUUGAUCAUGCAGCUCAUUCCAAAGCAACUUGUCGGGACCCUUGGUACUCAAUUUUUCAAAGAGUCAGUUUCUGUCCUUUUUCAUCCGGAGCCAUGUGCAGCGUUGGAGGCUCUUUCGAAAGUUAUGGCACAGGGAUUGGCUGGUUGUGUGCAUUUUCAAACACCGCCAACAAGCCAAUGUGAGAUAAAGGUACUCAUGCUGCUUUUGAGCGAAGAGCGUGGAGCAUACGUUGGAUUUAUUCCGAAUGACCAGACCGGUUUCGUUGAACGAAUCCGUCAUGUGAUAAAACAACAGAGGAUAUCCCAAGCGAAAAGAACCGCAAGUUUUCCGCAGAAUCAAGGCCAGCAAAUGCAGCAGGACGGCCAGCGGCAGAGUCAAUUACAAGCGCAGUUGCAAGGAAUUAUUGGUAAUAUUCAUGGAAAUGCUGUUAAUCAAGACGACGAAUUGUUCGAGAUUUUUGGGAAGUUGUAA